CCCGUAUGGCUGCUCCUCCAUUAACUUACCUAGACUGUUGAGAGAAAGUAGCUCGACGACACUUUUCGUCGCUGUGGAUCUGGACGGCAAAGUGGAGAGAGAGAGAGAGAGAGAGAGAGGGGGGGGGAAACAUCCCGAAAAGUCCAGCGAAGUAUCAGCGCCCUCCUGGAUUACAUCGCGCUGCGUUAUUCCCUUUUUCCGAGGAGGUUUGCUCGUUCGCGGACCACUUGAGCGCCCGAACUGAAUGUUCUUGUGUGUUGUUGGCUGACAACUCAAAAGCCAGGUGAAUGUAUAGCAUGAUGAUGGAGACGGACCUGCAUUCCCCAGGACCCCAGACUAACACGAAUUCGGGUCAAACGGGGCCGAACAGCGGGAACAAAGCUAACCAGGAUCGCGUAAAGAGACCGAUGAACGCGUUUAUGGUUUGGUCCCGGGGCCAGCGGAGGAAGAUGGCCCAGGAGAACCCCAAAAUGCACAACUCCGAAAUCAGCAAGAGGCUGGGCGCCGAGUGGAAGGUCAUGUCCGAGGCGGAGAAGAGACCCUUCAUCGACGAGGCGAAGCGAUUGCGGGCGAUGCACAUGAAAGAGCACCCGGAUUACAAGUACCGACCCAGGAGGAAGACCAAGACCCUGCUGAAGAAGGACAAAUACUCCUUAGCCGGGGGUCUUCUUGCCGGGGCCGGUAGUGGUGGCGGAGUUGGGGGUCUGGGGGUCGGCAUGAGCCCCGCGGGGGUCGGACAGAGGUUGGAGAGCCCCGGGGGUCACGGCGGCACGGCCAGCGCGGGCUACGCGCACAUGAACGGCUGGGCGAACGGCACCUACUCGGGACAGGUGGCCGCGGCGGCUGCGGCUGCCGCGAUGAUGCAGGAGGCGCAGCUCGCGUACAGCCAGCACCCGGGCGGCGGCGCGCACCACCACCACCCGCACCACCACCACCCGCACAACCCCCAGCCCAUGCACCGCUACGACAUGACCGCCCUGCAGUACAGUCCCAUCUCGAACUCGCAGAGCUACAUGAGCGCCUCUCCCUCGGGCUACGGGGGCAUCUCCUACGCUCAGCACCAGAACUCCAGCGUGGCUUCUUCUGGCACCAUCGGCACCUUGGGCUCGCUGGUGAAAUCGGAGCCAAGUGUAAGCCCUCCUGUUACCACUCACUCCAGAGCUCCGUGUCCGGGGGAUCUGAGGGAGAUGAUAAGCAUGUAUUUACCCACGGGGGAAGCGGGCGACCCGUCAGUGCAGAGUAGACUCCACACACUGCCGCAGCACUACCAGAGUCCGGCGGCUGGGGUGAACGGAACAGUUCCUCUGACACACAUCUAAAGCGCACACAGAACGAACGCAAGCUGCGAGGGGCGUACAGAAACGCUUAACCAAAUAUUUACCUCUUUUUUUAGAUCGUCGCUUAACUACCUUUUGUACAGAAUGUUUUUGAUGUUCUUGUAAAAUUGAAAGUAAAUAUUGUUUUGGCUGCCUUUUAGGGACAGGUGAUGCGAGCAGACAUGAUGGACAUGGUUUGACACUGGCUAUUGUUUUAUUCUUUGUUCACAGAGAACCGUUAAUUAUUAAGUUUUGCUUCACUUCACUGACGAGUUCUGAAACGAACGCGCUACUCCUGUAAAUUAAGUCGACUGAUUUUGAACUCACCCUCACUUCUCUGUGCGAAAUGACUAUAGAGUUUAUCGAUAAGG